AUGGAAGAGCACGUCGUGGAGCGGAUUCGUCAACGCGUUUUGCUGGAGGUGUUCAACCUGGAUCCUGUGGCUACACCCGCACCCUCUCGGGCCGAGUGGCCGUUGUGGACUGACCAGGACAAGCAGCACGUCAAGCUCCGCGUGCUGAGUCUAAACGCCUGGGGUCUCCCAGUUGCCCCAAAAUGCACGGAGCGUGCUGCCAAGAUCGCGAGUGCCAUCUCCAGUGACUUUGAGCUCGUUGUACUGCAAGAAAUCUGGCACAUGCGCGAGCGGAACAUCGUCAUUUCUAAAGCCCAAAAGAGCGGUUUUCACUACUACCACUACUUCAAUCCGGCCGUAGGCUUCCCGUUCCCAAUGGGAGCCGACUCGUUCGGUACAGGUCUACUGGUAUUGUCCAAAUUGCCCAUCUCCAACGCGCUGUAUCACUCGUUUAGUCUCAGCGGACGUCCGUACGCCCUUCACGAGUCCGACUUCGUGGCCAACAAAGGCGUAGGCUUACUGCGGGUAGAAACACCCGCCGGUCAGAUCGACGUGUACGUGACGCAUCUACUGGCCAACUACAACGUCGGAGGCAAACCAGGGCCAGGCGAUUUCUAUCGAGGCCACCGAACAGGUCAAAGUUACGAGCUGACCCAAUUCAUCUCGGCCACCAAUAGAAACGACCUAACGAUCGUCUGCGGAGACUUCAACUCGUCUCCGGAUUGUCUGGAGCUUAAAGUGCCCAAGCAAUUACUGAGUCUACGAGACGCGUACACAGACACGAACGACGAGGACGGACUGACGUUCGCGUCGCCGGAUAACAAAUACUCGCAUGGGGAGCACCCUAUGCGUAUGGAUUACGUCAUGUACAAGAUCGAGAAACGAGCUAAAGGCGAUUCGGACUGGCAUUUGGAAGGCAGCAGCAUCUUUAAAGGCUUUUUCACCGACGCGAGGGGCGAGAAAACGCCCUUAUCGGAUCAUUUUGGCGUAAAAGCCGAGUUUACCUUCAGUGAACCGCGACCACAUGUGUGUGAGCAGCAAGAAGGGUACGCUGUUGUGUCUUCGGACGACGUUGAUGCAUCGGAACGCUCUUGUCCUACAACGACGUGCGCACAUUGCGACGAGAACGGGGUGGAGCCGAGCGACGUGGAUAAAGCGGCAGCCGACGCCGCGUGCCUCGAGGAGGUGCAAGAAAUGCUCUUUGUCGGUCGUAACCAGGCGAUCACAGCACGCCACAUUCGACUACGACGUGCUGCGGCCUUCUUCGUGGCAGCUUUGGCCGUGUUUGUGACGCAUAUCAUGUCGAUUGUGGUGUCCAGAUGGUCCUGGGUCGCUGUACUGCUCUUCGGUAUGAUUAGCGUGACGGAGUAUGUGCUGACCUUCUUCUUCCUCACUUUUGAGUGCUCGACGUUCACUGAAUUGAUCAACCAAGUGCAGCUGCAUCUCCACUUGCACACGCAUCGGAUCAAAGGGAUAGUUGAAGCGGAAACAAAGGAAAAGUGA